AUUUUCAUGAACUUCUCGAGGUUUAUGCAUAUGCAUAUGCGCGCCUUUGUGUCAUCCCUUGCGAGCAAGCGUCACGCCACCUUCUAUCUGAAUUCCACCAUUAGAGCUUACUUGCGCUCUGGCCACCCUUCCAAAGCACUAUCACAUUUCUUGAAGUCACUGAAACAAGGCAUUAAUCCUGAUAACUUCACCAUUCCAUCACUUCUCAAGCUUUCCUUGGAUCUUCAGCAACCUUCUCUUCAAGGAGAACAAAUCCAUGCUUUUAUAAUCAAGUCUGGUUACACAGAUGACCUUGUUGUUACCACAGUUUUGGUGGAUUUUUACUGCAAACAUGGUCUCUGUGACUUUGCGUGUCAGGUGUUCACUGAAAUGCCUCACAGAGAUGUUGUUCUUUUCACUGCCAUGGUUUCUGGAUUAUCACAAAACGGCCUUGCAUGUGAAGCAUUGGAUUUCUUUUCAAAGAUGUUAGAUGAGGGUUACAGUCCAAAUAAUGUGACUAUCACUAGUGUAUUGUCUGUUUGUUCAAAGAUUUCUAGCCAUGUUUUAGGCAGAGUGUUGCAUGGUUUUACACUUAGAGGUGGUCUUCUAGACAAGGCUGAUAUUGUCAUGGGGACAUCUUUGUUAGACAUGUAUGCAAAAUGCGGGAAAUUAGGCUAUGCGAAGAGAGUCUUUCACUGUAUGACCGAAAGGAACAAUGCGUCAUGGAAUGCAAUUAUCAGAGGGUUUGCUUUAAAUGGUUCAUUUCAUGUUGCACUUGAAUUGUUCAAGGACAUGAUUUUGGAAAAUCAUUUACAAUCAAGAUCGGAUACGUUUGUAGUGAUACUAAAUGUGUGUGGUGCAACAAUGGAUCUAAGAAAAGGCAAAGAAUUGCAUGCAUACAUUCAUAAGCUUCUGAGUAAUAAGACUGAUGAUGAAAGCGUUGCAUUGUGUAAUUCUAUUAUUAACAUGUAUAUCAAAGUUGGCAACUUUGAUUCUGCUAUAUUGCUUUUUGAGACCAUGAAAAAGAGGGACUUGAUAACUUGGACUAUGAUUAUAUCUGGCUAUGGUUCAUAUGGCUUCAGUCAACGGGCAUUGCAUGCUUUCAGGGAAAUGGAAUCUUCUGGGAUUCAGCCUGACAGGGUUGCCUUUCUUUCUCUGCUUUCAGCUUGCAGCCAUAGUGGAAUGGUUGAGCAAGGUAUUAAAUUAUUUACAUCCAUGCAAGAGGACUAUGGCAUUGUUCCAGGGAUGGAACAUUAUGCAUGUAUGGUUGAUACAUAUGGGCGUGCCGGACUCCUAGAAGAAGCAUAUGAGUUCAUAAAUCAAAUUCCACUAGUUCCCAGCAGCUUUAUAUGGGCAACGCUUCUUUCUUCUUGCAGAAACCACAAGAAUGUUGAAUUGGGAGAGUUUGCUGCAAAGAAUGCCAUUGAGCUUGAUCCAUACAAUGUCGGUAACUAUGUAAUGCUAUCACGGCUCUACACUGAUGCUUGUUGUUGGGAAGAUGUUGCUAAGGUCCGCUCAAUAAUGCAAGAGUUAAGGCUCAAGCCAGACACUGCGUGUAGUUGGGUGCAAGUGAAGGGCAGAGUGUAUAAGUUCUGUGUUGCUGAUUAUUCGAAGGAGAAUUCAAAAGAGAUUUACAUUCACCUUGGAACAGUGACAGAGAAGAUGAAGAUUGCUGGCUUUGUCCCUGAUACAUCAAGUGUUGGUCAUAAGACUAAAGAAGAAGACAAAGUGAAUGAUUUGUGUGGUCACACAGAGAAGCUUGCUCUUGCUUUUGCUUUGAUGAAUUGUGGAGGUGAAGGACUUGUACGAAUUGGCAAGAAUCUUAGAGUUUGCAGAGAUUGCCACAAAUUUUUCAAGUAUAUUACAUUGAUUUAUAAUAUGCAAAUCAUAAUGAAGGAUCCAAAUCGGUUCCAUUGUUUUAACAAAGGUUGUUGUUCAUGUUCAGAUUACUGGUAA